AUGCGUUUCAUCAACGCCUUCACUUUGCUGUGUUUGUGGGCCGGAACAGCCCUCGCCUCUGAAAGCGACGAGCUUUCCGAAGUACAAGCGGAGGCCAUGAAAGCCCUUCAGGCCGCCGGAGCCAACGGCACUUUUGGCAAGAGAGGAGGCUGCAACCUCUCCAACGCGAACUCGCUCUCAGGCGCGCUAAGGAAAGCCUACACGAGCGCCGUCAACUGCCUUCGGGCCAAGCCUUCCAAGCUCAGGGCCACCCUCGCGCCUGGUGCCCGUAACCGAUACGAUGACUUCGUUGCCGUCCACAUUAACCAGACUCUGGCCAUUCACGGCACCGGAAACUUUCUCACGUGGCACCGAUACUUCACCUGGGCCUACGAGAACGCUCUGAGACAGGAGUGUGGCUACGAUGGCUACCAGCCUUACUGGAACUGGCUUGCCUACCGAGACGCUCCUUCAAAAUCUCCCAUGUUUGAUGGGAGCGAAACUAGCUUGAGUGGUGAUGGUGUUUUCAAGGCUCACAAUGGCAGCGUCGCGGGACGCGGCUCCGUCUACAUCCCGAGCGGCGCCGGCGGCGGGUGCGUCACGAAGGGUCCGUUUGCCAACAUGACUGUCCACCUUGGCCCUGUCGUGCCGGGUAUGGAUGGCCUCACUGCCAACCCAGGUGGCCCACUUGCCUACAAUCCUCGCUGCCUCUCCAGGGAUAUCAGCGACUGGGUAUCGCAGCAAUGGAUGACCCCGACGAACCUUCUCAAUCUAACCGUUGGCGCCGCCUCCGCGAACAUCGCCACGUUCCAAGAUGAGCUGCAGGGCCGUUUCGAUGAAGCCUUCUUGGGAACGCACAGCGCGGGCCAUAUGGUUGCCAACGGCGAGGGAUCCGACUUUUAUUCAUCCGCCAGCGAGCCCAUGUUCUACUUGCACCACGCCAUGGUCGACAAGCUGUACUGGAUAUGGCAGGCGCUGCAUCCUGGGGAGGCCUUCAAAAUUGCUGGCAGCAUCACUGCUCGCAACAACCCCCCCAGCAGAGACGCUCGUCUUGACGAUAUCGUCAUUCAAGAACCGCAUGAGCCCAACCGACCUAUUAGCGAUCUACUCAGCACUAUUGGAGGCAGCCCUUUUUGCUACAACUAUGUUUAG